CCCGGAGCUCAGAGAAUCUCGAGGGCGCGCGGCGACUGAGCGAGGACCAUCAUGCGCAUUUCCACAUCGAAUGUCGAAAAUCUCGCCCCUCAAGUUAUCCGGGCCGUUCGUAAAGAACUCAUGGAUCUCACCAGAUCUCCACCGGAAGGGUUGAAGCUGCACUUGAAUGACGCCGACGUCACCGACAUACAAGCGACACUCGAGGGACCGCAGGGCACACCUUUUUCCGGAGGAGAAUUCAGGCUACGGUUGGUGCUGUCGAAGGAUCACCCAUGCACCCCUCCCAAGGGAUAUUUCCUCACUAGAAUAUUCCACCCGAACGUCGCCCCAGACUCGGGUCAGAUUUGUGUGAACACGCUCAAAAAAGAUUGGACUCCGGACACGGGGUUGUUGAGGAUUUUCCUCACCAUAAAAUGCCUUCUCAUCGUACCAAACGCCGAAUCCGCCCUGAACGAGGAGGCUGGUCGACUCCUGCUCGACCACUACACGGAAUACGAGAAACGAGCGAAGAUGAUGACAGCCAUACAUGCGCAGCCAACCCAGAAAUCUGAACAUCCAGAACCCACGGCCUGUGACACUUCUCAGGCCACGACUUCGAAGAGGUUCCACAGCACGGUUACCCCCUUGGUAGCUUCGAACUCGAACGCCGACGUCAGUAAAAAGCAAAUGAAAGUCUUGAAAGAGAAGAAGCGCGCCCUGAAACGACUAUGAAACGCCUACAGCCUCCGAGAGCAAGCAGGACUACGAAACCCAGAGGCGGUGUUAUGCGUAAAUCAUCUUUAGGACAAUGGCAGGACGGUUAAUAAUGUAUAAAUGACAGUCGUCGUUCCUCGAUUGAUAUUCGAGGAUUUUUCGAGCCAAGCAGACCCAGUGAAUGUGAGAGAUCCGCAAGAUAUACGAAUGGAAAAGGCGAGCAUGGUUGGUGAGAACGGUUAUGGAAUCGUAUGAUUGAGCCGACGAGAUAUCGGGAUACAUCAAGAGAAUUGAAUGUGACUGGAAUCAAUAUAUAAAGACUAUUUAUACGGUCAUAAACUGCGAGCGUCAAAUCAUAAAUGAUGGUUUU